AUGCCUUCAGCAGCAACACACCCGGAGUUUGGAGCCCGCACAACGGCCCUAACCGUUGCAGCAGCCUUUCCAUCUGCCAUCUCAGGAAAGACUAUUCUGAUCACGGGUGUUAACCUCAAGGGUCUCGGCUUCGCUACCGCCGAAGCAUUUGCAUCCCAAACCGCCGAACUCAUCAUCUUAGCCGGUCGAACCCCCGCCAAGCUGCAGGAAUGUGCCGACGUCCUGGCCGAAAAAUAUCCAAAGACAAAGUACCGUGUGCUUGAGCUUGAUCUAAACUCGCAAAAGGGUGCCAGAGCGGCCGCUUCUACGCUAAACGGAUGGACUGAUGUACCGGCCAUUGACAUCCUGGUCAACAACGCGGGUAUCAUGAACGUGCCCAACCGCCAGCUCAACGAGGACGGCAUAGAGCGACAUUUCGCGACCAACCAUGUUGGGCACUUUCUCUUUACGAGCUUGAUUAUUCCCAAGCUGAUUGCGGCUGCUCAGAAACCAGGUGCCGUAAAGGGGGCCACUCGUGUCGUCAACGUUUCCUCUAUGGGCGCCAACUACAGCCCCAUUCGCUGGAGUGACAUCAACUGGGAAAAGACAAACGGGUCAUUGCCGCUACCUGAACAGCCUGAUUACGUUGGGCUUACUCGCCUCUGGCCUGUUGAUGUGGAAACUGUCAAGGCUGACAGCUAUGUCUCUAUGGGUGCAUAUGGACAGUCCAAGGCUGCCAACGUCCUGUUCAGCUUGGGUAUCAACGAGCGUCUGUACGAAAAGUACGGCAUAUUGAGUUUCUCUGUGCAUCCCGGUUCAAUCAUUACGGAGCUUGGUCGAGAGAUUCCCGCAGAGGAGUACAAUGCGAGCAUCGAAUCGCUUAAAAAGAAGGGCAUGGUCUUCAAGGACCAAGGCGAGGGCGCCAGCACAUCUCUGGUAGCUGCGGUGGACCCUGCAUUGACGCUGCCGGCAAAGAGGCCCAUUGCAAGUGAUGCGGAUCUUGCAAAGACCGGCCCAGAGCUCAAGGGCGAGGAUGGAGAAUGGGAGGGCAGGGGUGUGUAUCUGAGCGAUUGCCAGGUUUAUGACAAUGCCAAGAUUUGGUACACGAGCUGGAGCGAGGGGAACAAGCUUUGGGCAAAGAGCGAAGAGCUUGUAGGCGAAACGUUCUCAUACUAA